AUGUUCGAUGGUUUUGGAGCGAUGAUGUUUGGAGCACCAAUACGUCCCUUUGAUUUGCAACUUCGAUGCUUCUCGGCAGCGUUUUAUGAAGGAGCGGAUACGAAGAAAAUAAAUGAGUUGAAUCAUGGUGGGAAGAUUUUACUUCCACCAUCGGCUUUGGAUCUAUUAGUUCGUCUCAACAUCGAAUAUCCGAUGAUGUUCAGAGUGCAAAAUUUAAAUGACUCAGGAUGUUCGACCCAUUGUGGCGUCUUGGAAUUCUUAGCUGAAGAGGGUCGUUGUUAUCUUCCAUCAUGGAUGAUGCGUCAAUUGCAUCUUAAUGAGGGUGAAUGUGUUCGAAUAACAUAUGCAACAUUACCUAAAGCUACAUAUACGAAGCUAAAACCGCAGUCUGCGGAUUUUCUGGCUAUUUCAAAUCCAAGAGCUGUGCUCGAGGUGGAACUACGGAAAUUUGCAUGUCUUACAAAGGGCGACAUUAUUGCUGUUGAGUACAACGAUCAAAUUUUGGAAUUUUUGGUGAUGGAAGUAAAACCUGGAAGAGCUGUUUCAAUCAUCGAAUGUGACAUGAAUGUGGAAUUUGAUGCACCAGAAGGUUACGUUGAACCUAAUACAAAUGCAACAUCUAGCUCGUUUGCAGCGCCAUCGAUGUCAUCAGCGCCAGCAGUAGAUGAAACAGGAAUGAAGAGUGGUAGUAGAUUCAGAGCAUUUACUGGUACGGGUCAUCGUUUAGACGGAAAAUUGAAGUCAUCGACAACUUCACUGACUGAAAUGGAAGCAGCUGAGCGAUCACUUCCUCAGUUAACCGUUAAUACCAAUUAUAGUCCGGGAAAACUGGAAUUUGUAAGGUAUGAGUAUAAAUGUCGUUCACUGAUGGAGAAAGAAUUAGCCGAAGCAGCAAAAGGGAAGAAGUCCGGUAAUGCGAUGCCUUUCGAAGGUGGUGGACAUAUAUUACGUGCCACCCGGCGGUGA